AUGGAAGGAGAGAGCAAGGAUUCAGGAAAGCAUAUAACGUUGAUAUCAGAAUUUUGUAACAAAUAUAAUAUAGAUGAAUCUGUGAAGAAUAUAUAUGGCAUUCGAAAUAAAGAUAUUGCUAGUAUGGAUUAUAAUGCAUUUUUAAAGAGAAAAUAUGAAAUUUUGCUUCGAAAGAAAGGAAAUUUGAAUAAUAGGAUAGCUAAACGAAAUGCAUCAGCUAUUUCUUCUCCAUUCCACCCUGUGGUUACAAAACAAUCUAAAAAUACAAAUAAUAUAAUAUCUGAAACACAAGAAAUACUUAUAUCGGAUGAUACUUUCUUUGACCAGACAUUAAUUGAAACUCAGAUUAAUAACAUUAAUCAAUCAUAUACAUUCUCUUACCAUCAGGAUGGAAAUUUACAUAAGGAUUUUAACAAAGACGACAGUUAUAAGUUUUGUAACCUUAUCUCAUCUGAAAAUAAUAUUAGAGACAAUGAAUGUAAAAUACACACUCAAAGAGAACAAUACAUUCUUUCUUCGAACUAUGAGCAGUUUAAUGAGGAAAAUACUUUGAUUGAAAUGUCUUUGAUAUGUAGUAGUCCCGUAAUCAUUCAAUCGAUACCCGAUAUUUGA